UUGUGCAGCGACCACUCCACUCCUCCUCCUCCUCCUCCUCCUCCUCCUUCAUCUUCAUCCAUAAUAAUUCUAAUAAUAAUCACAAUAAACCGAGUUCUGGUCCUGGUCGCAGCGCAGCGCGGACACGGGCGAACAUGUCUGGUUUCCAGGGAAAGAAGAACAUCCCGCGCAUCACAAGCGAUCGUCUCCUGAUCAAAGGAGCAAAGAUCGUGAACGAUGACCAGUCGUUCUGUGCUGACCUUUACAUGGAGGACGGAGUCAUCAAACAAAUUGGAGAAAACCUCAUCGUUCCCGGCGGCGUGAAAACCAUCGACGCUCAUGGCGGCAUGUUGAUGCCGGGCGGCAUCGACGUGCACACGCGCUUCCAGAUGCCGGAUCGAGGAAUGACGUCAGCCGACGACUUCUACCAGGGAACCAAGGCGGCGCUGGCCGGAGGAAACACCAUGAUCAUUGACCACGUGGUCCCUGACCCCGGGGUCAGCCUCCUCUCAGCGUUCGAGCAGUGGCGAGAAUGGGCCGACAGUAAGUCGUGCUGCGACUACUCGCUGCACGUGGACGUCACUGAGUGGCACCGAGGGAUUCAGGAGGACAUGGAGACGCUGGUCAAAGACCAUGGUGUGAACUCCUUCCUGGUUUACCUGGCGUACAAAGAUCUUUUCCAGCUGACGGAUGCUCAGGUGUACGAGGUGUUCAGUGUGAUUCGUGACCUGGGAGCCAUCGCUCAGGUUCAUGCGGAGAACGGAGACAUUGUCGCUGAGGAGCAGCGCAGGAUCCUGGAUCAGGGCAUCACUGGACCUGAGGGUCAUGUGCUGAGUCAUCCUGAGGAGGUGGAGGCGGAGGCUGUGAACCGCUCCGUCACUGUGGCCAAUCAGACCAACUGCCCGCUCUACGUUACCAAGGUGAUGAGCAAAAGCGCCGCUGAUGUCAUCGCUCAGGCUCGGAAGAAGGGGACUGUGGUCUACGGUGAACCCAUCACUGCCAGUCUGGGAACAGACGGUUCUCACUACUGGAGCAAGAACUGGGCCAAAGCCGCCGCCUUCGUCACCUCUCCUCCGCUGAGUCCUGACCCCACCACACCUGACUACCUGAACUCUCUGCUGUCCUGUGGAGACCUGCAGGUGACAGGAAGUGCGCACUGUCCCUUUAACACGGCGCAGCGAGCCGUGGGCAAAGACGACUUCAGUCUGAUCCCCGAGGGCGUCAACGGCACAGAGGAGAGGAUGUCCAUCAUCUGGGACAAGUGUGUGGUUUCGGGCAAAAUGGACGAGAACCAGUUUGUGGCAGUGAGCAGCACCAACGCCGCCAAGAUCUUCAACCUGUACCCGCGCAAAGGUCGCAUCGCUGUGGGCUCAGACGCUGACCUGGUGCUGUGGGAUCCAGACGUCACCAAGAUCAUCUCAGCCAAGAGCCACAACUCGACUGUGGAGUACAACAUCUUUGAAGGCACAGAGGUGAGAGGAGGUCCUCUGGUGGUCAUCAGCCAGGGGAAGAUCAUCCUGGAGGACGGGAACCUUCACGUCAGCGAGGGCUCAGGACGAUACGUGGCCCGAAAACCUUUCCCCGACUACGUUUACAAGAGGAUCAAAGCUCGCAGCAGGCUCGCUGAGCUGCGCGGAGUUCCACGAGGACUGUACGACGGUCCGGUCUGCGAAGUGUCCCUCACUCCUAAAACCAUGAGCCCGGCCUCGUCUGCCAAGACUUCACCUGCCAAGCAGCCGAACCAGCCGGUCCGAAACCUGCACCAGUCUGGAUUCAGUCUGUCCGGCGCUCAAGUCGACGACAACAUUCCUCGCCGAAACACGCAGCGCAUCGUGGCGCCACCUGGUGGUAAGGCCAACAUCACCAGCCUCGGUUAGAGCUCCGCCCUCUGGCCACUGAGGAGGAGGCGGAGAGAGCUGAACCCAGUUUCUGCUGCAACCUGACCGGACCCACCGGACCACCGGUCAGCCUCCAUCUUUAACUUCCUCCUCUGCUGCUGUUUUCACACACACACCCACUGUCCUCAUGUCCUCAUGUCCUCCAGAGGACACUGCUAGAAACAAAAGGAAAAAAAAAAAUCAAGUCUGCCUCAUAAUGAAAAAAGAGAAAAAAAAAUGGCCGCACUCUUUAUUUGAGCACUUUUGACAACAUGUUUUUUUUAAAACUGUAUUUUUGGAUGUUUUACUGUUGUUUUAAUGGAGGGGGCGGAGCCUAAACUGAAGCGAUGCCGUUAAGAAAAGAACAUAAUCUUAUAUUUGUAUUUUCCUCAUAAUUUAAAUGUAGCUUGAGUUUAUAUCCACUCUUGUUAUUUACUUUUUUUUGUUUUUGAAUCUGUUAAUCUGUUAAUCUGUCUGUGACACACACACACACACACACACACACCGCUGCUGUUGUUGAUGAGUCGUCAGGACUCGGGCAGGUUGUAAAUGGAGCUUCAUCUGCGAGCGUUAAGUGUGAGGAUUAACAGAUUAACGGAUUAACGGAUUAACGGUGACUUUGCUUCAUCGCUUCUUAACAACAUCGUGUUUCACGCGCCGCUCGCCGCGCAGACGCAGGAUUUUCACACAGACUCUGUUUUUGUGCCUGAACCUCUGAAGUUUUGUCUCUUUGUUGAAGUGAGUGAAGGAUUAAAAUAGUCAGGAUUAACCGA